AUGAACAAGGGAAACGAAUGGAUCAUUGAAGGGAAAAUGACACUCUCUGCCUUGAUCUUCGUGCUUUGCAUGGGAAUUGCGACCUGGCUAUUGGUCAGCUACUAUGGAAAGAGGCAGCGUCUCCCGCCGGGGCCAGCGAAAAUCCCAAUCCUGGGGAAUAUUCACCAAAUGUCCCAAGGUAACAGAUUCAAAUUGUACGAGCAAUUUCACGAACGUCACGGGCCAAUUAUCUCGCUUCAGAUCGGGAUGGCAGAUAUGAUUGUGCUGGGCAGCCACCGUGUGGCUCAGCGGCUCCUGGGAGAUAAGGGGGCAAGAUAUAGCUCGCGGCCUCGAGCGGUGAUGGCUGACGACUUGGCGACCAAAGGAAUGAAUAUGGUGUUAAUGCCGUAUGGAGCCAAGUGGCAAACUCAUAAUCGAGCCACAGUGAGCCUUCUCAAUUCGCGGGCUGUCGGAUGUUAUGAGCCCGUAUUUGACCUGCAAAGCCGGCAGUUGAUGUGUGAACUGCUAGCUACUAACGACUUGUCACCGCGGCUAAGGCGCUAUAUUGACGCCCUGGUGCUCACCCUUGCUUACGGCAAGUGGGUGCGGGAGGAAGAUGAGAUCCGCCUGGAGGUAGAUCGUAUCAUUGACGUUGCAACCGAGACGCUGACGGUAGGUAUAUCAUGGAUUGACCAAUUUCCUGCUCUUCUUUACCUCCCGCGUUUGGUAUCGCCGUGGAAGAAAACGGGUGACCAUAUUCACAGAAUCACUCAAAAGGUGUUCGACCAGCUAUGGAAGGCGGGCUUGGAGAGCCCAAGUUGGAACUGGAGCAAGAAAUUGCACCAGGCGUGCUCUUCAUCAUCCGGAACGCAAUCUGCAGGGCUAUAUCUGGCUCCAGAAGAGCAGAGCUACCUGAUGGGGGUACUUCUGGAAGGAGGGACCGAAACAUCCACCACGACAUUGAGAAACUUUUUCCUGGCUAUCCUAAUUCGACCAGAGUGCGCUGUCCGGGCGCAGCAAGAAUUGGACGCGGUCGUAGGGAGCGCAAGAAUGCCCGAGCUGGGUGACAUGGAAAAGCUCCCAUAUUUGAACGCCAUGAUUCUCGAGGUUCUGCGCUGGAGCCCACCGACAUACACGGCGCAGCCGCACGCUGGGAGUGAGGAUGGUGAAAUCGAUGGCUACUACAUCCCCAGCCAGACACCACUGUUGAUGAACUUCCGGGCGAUGACCUUGGACAAGGAGUAUUAUUCUGAUCCAAGAAAGUUCCUGCCAGAGCGAUGGCUCCAACAAGGUAAAAACAAUGCUACCAAACUCCCUCUACCGGUGUUUGGGUAUGGCCGCCGCGCCUGCGCUGGUCGGCUUUUUGCCUUGCGCGGCAUAUAUUUUGCAGUGUCGCGGCUGCUAUGGGCUUUCAACGUCAAGCCAGCACCCCAUUUGACCGCUGAUGGGCUCCAGUUUCUGGUUGACAAUUAUGUUGAUCAUGGUGCUACUCAGGAGCCACCGCCAUUUGAGGUGGUCAUUGAGCCUCGCAGUUCACAGCGACGGCAACAUGUGGAACAGGCCUGGAAAAACACGGAGGCCAUGGAUUUGGAUGAAAUUCUGGAUGAGAUAGGAUCGAAAGUGGACAAGUUGUAG